AUGGCACUCUCUCUUUUGUGUUUUGUUCUCUUUGCCACCUUUCUUUUCAUGCAAACUUUGGCGGAUACUUCAUGCACUGAUUGUUUUGUUCAAUCUCGUGCAUCAUUUUACUCAAACUCUGAAGAAAAUGGCACAGAUGCUGGUGCAUGUGGAUUUGGUACCUUCGGUGCUACCAUUAAUGGCGGGGAUGUAUCGGCUGCAUCAAGUCUUUAUCGAGAUGGAGUUGGCUGUGGCGCUUGUUACCAGAUAAGGUGUACCAACGGUGGUUAUUGCUCCGGCAACGGUGUCACUAUAGUUUUAACGGACCAAGGCUCAGGCGAUAACACUGACUUCAUUCUUAGCCAACGAGCCUUUGGCAGGAUGGCUCAGAGCAAAGAUGCGUCCGCUUCUUUAUUAUCGCUUGGUGUAGUUGAUAUUGAAUACAGAAGGGUCUCAUGUAGCUACCCUAACAAAAACAUCACAAUUAAGAUUGAUGAAAGCAGCAGCAACCCUCAUUACUUGGCUUUUGUCAUAUGGUUUCAACAAGGAAGGAAAGACAUAACAGCUGUGCAGCUCUGUGAGACUCAGAACUUUGUCUGCAAGUUACUGGAUCGGAGUCAUGGCGCAGUCUGGACUGCAACCCCUCCACCGAGUGGACCUUUGUCUCUAAGGAUGCUGUUUAGUACUGAAGAUGGAGACGAUACAUGGGUUGUUCCUGUUAAUAACAUACCAGGAGACUGGAAGGCUGGGCAAACUUAUGACUCUGGAGUACAAGUAGACCAGUAG